CCCGUACACCAAAACCUUGAAUGCCAUUUUUUUUCAGAGGAAGUGUGUUUAGAGAAGCGAACUUAUUGCGAUUCUUUGAUGUUCGGGCAACUUUUCAGUGUGUUUUCGGAGUAAUAAGCCGUUUUAUGUCUCAGCGGAAUAAAUAAUAUCGCAGACGCUCAACUCAGGGUUUAGUGGAAAACAGCGGUGACUGCUUCUUUCGCCGUGAACAACAACAACAACAAGGGAAGAGGAAAACAUGUCGGUGGAGCCCAUUCACAUAAAGCUGGAAACAGCCGGAGAGCCUCCAAGCUCGUUCCCGGUGGUUCUGAAGAAAAUAAUGGAAAUGCCCCCACCGAAUAUACUGGAUGGGGACGACGACACGGAUAAGGAGAAGUUAGGUCUGGAAGGCAGUGCCGACCUGGCCGGAGGAGGAAGCGACAUGGGGCCUUCGGCCGCGCUGACCCCUGCUAUCUGGGAUAAAACCAUUCCCUACGACGGUGAGAGCUUCCACCUGGAGUACAUGGACCUGGAGGAAUUCCUCAUGGAGAAUGGCAUCCCGACAUCACCUGACAACGCCGCUUUAAAGGGAGUCCCAGAAGUAAGCGUGGCCGGAACUGAGAAAGUAAAGAGCAAGCCCAUGACCCUGCUGCCCAUAACGGAGCUGGACAGGUGCGAGGAGGAAGUGGUGAUUAUCACAAAGAGUGAUUUGGAUAUUACCUGCGACGUCAGUACAGAGGUGACCACCUCACAGGAAAGGGCGACUCCGGAGCCCAUUGACCCAGACGAAAUCGAAGUGAAGGUCAACUACGAGCCGGACCCCACAGACCUGGUCCUGUCGAGCGUUCCUGGAGGUGAACUGUUCAACCCACGCAAACACAAGUUCAGUGAGGAGGAGCUCAAGCCGCAGCCCAUGAUCAAAAAGGCCAAGAAGGUGUUUGUCCCUGAAGAACAGAAGGACGAGAAGUACUGGCAUAGGAGGAAGAAGAACAACAUGGCCGCCAAACGUUCACGAGAUGCCCGCAGACUGAAGGAGAACCAGAUCACUGUCCGAGCGGCGUUCCUGGAGCGCGAGAACACGGCGCUGCGGCAGGAGGUGGCCGAGCUGCGGAAGGAGUGCGGCCGAUACAAGAACGUCGUGGGUCGCUACGAAUCCAAAUACGGACCAAUUGCGCCGCCAGAUGACGAAUAGACAUCAGUUGAUUUAUUCAUUUAUUUUCUCUGAUGAAUAAAUAAAUCAAACCGUUGGCGGGGGUAAGCAAGAACCGAUCUGAUGACGUCAAGGCGGAGUGGAAGAGCUUGUGAAGGCAGGAUGUGACAUUGCCAUGGAGAUGUAAAAUAUUAAGAUAUCAUCUGUUGUUUUUUUUUUGUUUGUUUUUUUUAAUCCUUUGUAUUACCACCUUUCUGAAUGAGGUGAAUGUAGGUGGAUAUUCAAGUGCUUCUUCAGCACGCCUUAUUUGUUUGGUGCACUUUCUGUUUUGUACACCUGUAGCCUGAAAGAGAUCAUAUCCAUGAGUUAUUUUAGAAGAACUCCUGAGUUUUUAAGUCUUGUCCGGUGAUGUUUAGGCAGUCCAUGCCGUGGUUUUAGAUUAGAUCAGGUCAUUUGGUUUGCAGUUUUAUUUUUCAUACUUCUCUCAUACCAGAUUGCUCUGAAGAGCUGGGCCUGUCUUUGCCCACUAGAACGUCCGACUGUGACACUUCCAGUAACUUGAUCUUCUUCAGGGGAUUUCAGUGACAUGGCAAAAAAAAAAAAAAAAAA